AUGACAACUCCCACGACUGGCCUCGAGGCACGCGACAUGGUGUUAGCCAAAAAUACACCCGAGCAGCUUGCUGAACAUCAACGUGUAACCCAAGGAAAGGUGCGCACGCGCUUUCCUCCUGAGCCCAAUGGAUAUCUGCACGUGGGCCACGCCAAGUCCAUGCAUAUGAAUUUUUUUGAAGCAUUUGAGAAAUUGGGCAUUCCUUUGGACAAACGCGAGACAUAUUUUCGGUAUGAUGAUACGAAUCCAGAGGCAGAAAGUAAUGAAUAUAUUGAGGCAAUUGCCAAUAAUGUACAUUGGUUGGGGUACACACCGUCGAAGGUUACGUAUAGUAGUCAAUAUUUUGACGAGCUAUACGAAUUGGCAUUACAACUUAUCCGGAAAGGAAAAGCGUAUGUAUGUCAUCAAAGUAAACGUGAAAUUGAAGCAUCUCGCCUUGCGUUGCAGCAAUUCCAUGCGUCACCUGGUGCUAAAGACGAGAAUGAUGUUCCAACCAAUGCGAAAUCUCCUUUUCGUUUACGUUCCGUGGCUGAAAAUUUAAUUGAAUUUGAAAAGAUGCGUCUUGGUCUGUAUAAUGAGGGAGAAGCUUGUUUACGAAUGAAAAUGGAUCUUGGAAGCCCAAAUCCAAAUAUGUGGGAUCAUGUAGCGUAUCGUAUCAAGUAUGUACCCCAUCCACAUCUUGGAAAUAAAUGGUGUAUAUAUCCAACGUAUGAUUAUACGCAUUGUAUUGUGGAUGCAUUAGAACAUAUUGAUUAUUCAAUAUGUACAUUGGAAUUUGAAACACGUCGAGAAUCAUAUUAUUGGCUUUUACAUGAAUUAAAAUUGUAUAAACCCAAUGUAUACGAAUUUGCGCGAUUAUCCAUGACGUAUACUGUAUUAAGUAAACGUAAACUUUUGCAACUUGUGAUGUCCAAAACUGUACGUGGAUGGGAUGAUCCACGAAUGGGCACAUUAAAUGGGCUUCGUCGUCGUGGGUUUACACCCCAAAUUCUUAACCAAUUUUGUAAAGAAAUUGGAGUAACGCGUGUUCAAUCAACAAUUCAAAUUGAACGAUUGUAUUCAGUAGCUCGUAAUAUUCUUGGAGAAUCUUCGAAACGUGUGAUGGCUGUAUUGGAUCCAAUUGAACUAGUGAUUGAGAAUUUUCAUGAAGUACAAGACAAGAAAAUAUUAUUGUUACGUGUACCCGAUUAUCCGCAAGAUAUGGAACGUAACAAUGGCAAAUCGUAUCAUCAUGUUGAAUUGACGCAAAGUUUGUACCUUGAUCGUAGUGAUGUACGUACAGAAGAUUUGCCCGACUUUUAUGGUGUUGCAAUUAAGAAACAAGUGCGACUGAAAUACGCAUUUCCAUUUACCUGUACGAAAUUAGAAACGGAUGAUAAUGGCAAUGUGACAAAAAUAUGUGGACAAAUGGACUGGACUAAUUCAUCCAAGCCAAAAGGUGUUCUCUCUUGGGUACCAAAAAAUAGUCCAAAGCUUGAAGUACGCGUGUACUCGCACCUAUUUACAGUACCAGAGCUACCGAAUGAUGUGGAAAAUUGGGAAUCGUUUGUAGAUUCUAAAAAUUCGGAACGUGUGUACCCUUUUGCACGUGUGGAUCCUGAGUCGUACGAUAAUCAUUUGAAUACAAUUGUUCAAUUUGAACGAAUUGGGUACUUUGUCAUCGAUCAAGAUUCGACAAAAGAGAAAAAAGUGAUGAAUCAAAUUGUUGCAUUGCGAGAGAGUGGUGGUGAAGUGGCAAGUGAGAAGCUCAAUGCUCACAAUCCGAACGUAAUCACAACAUGGCAGGAUCGUACCCCCGAGAUUCUCAAACCAGAAGAAGUGUAUCCUUUACCAUGGUUUCUUAGUCCUGAAUGGACUAAACGGUCGUCACCUACUGAAACGACAAGACUUUGUCAUCCUAGUACAAGGAAUGAACCUCAUUCAUUAUGUUCAUCAAUAUUCAAGUGUUGUUUUAACUCAUCAACAUCAAAUGGAAGUUCUGAGUGUGAAAUGGAACUUGGAAACUUUCAGCAAAGACAAGCACAUUCCAUUGAAGCAGAGGAUGAAGCUGGAAGUUUGAAACAAUGUCUUCAAUUUCUUAUGGGACUUCUUGUGAUUAUGGCAAUGGCACUUUUACUUUUAAUUAUCUUUCAACCUCAGUCGAAAUGA